CAGUCACACUAGCGGUCACACUAAACAAUAAAUAAUAAUUAAAUUUUGAAUCAAAUCUCCCCAACGUAAACACGGAAAGCUCGUCUGCAGUCUUUCUGUCCAACAGCUUCUUGUGCAAGUCGUCUCCACGCCGAACUGAUCUGAUCCCCCUCUCAAUCUACGGCCAUGGCUGCGCACUUCUUUCGCACUGCAUUUUACGCAACUGCAGCGAAAAAAUCGAUAAGUCUACCGUUCGCUGCCGGCCGGACAGCUGCAACGCUAGCCGUGGGCCUGUCCUUUGGUGCACAAAAUAGCCGCAGCGCUGGCGCUAUCCCGUACGAGAAUGUCUACGCAGAUAAUUUCUUCAGUGGGUGCGGGGGCGCCGUAUCCACCGGCAGCAAGGGCCUGCUGCGUCCAAUGGCCGAGUACCGGGAGAUCCAAAGGCCGCUAUGUCGCAAUUUCUCGAGCUUGAGCACCGGCGGGCCGCAGGAGGCACAUAGCGCCAUGGCACCGUUGAAGAAUCGUCGGUAUAUAUCGUCGCAAGAUAUUACCAAAAACAUGACUCUAUACACUAGCAACAAAGCGAAUGUAGAUGUGGAUCCUAAGACGCUAGAGUUUAAGAACCCGACUGGCAAUCCUCUGGUCCUGAUGAUGGCCUGGCUGAUGGCUAAGCAGAAACAUCUGAAGAAAUACGCCCAGAUCUAUACGGAAAUGGGUUUCGAUGUGAUGGUGGUGCAUAUUACGCCCUGGCAGCUGUUGUGGCCCGUUAAGGGAACCCAGGUGGUGGCCGCCGAGACUCUGAAGUUUCUUGAAAACAACGAAUCGUAUGGACCGAUCGUCAUGCAUGGCUUCUCCGUUGGAGCGUAUCAGUUGGGCGAGAUAAUGUUGCAGAUGUCUCGCGAUAUGGAUCGUUAUGGCAGUAUACUGGAGCGCUUCGUUUGCCAGAUUUGGGACAGCGCUGCCGACAUUACCGAGAUUCCAGUAGGCGUGCCCAAGUCCAUCUUCCCCAAGAACGAACGCAUGCAGGCAGCCCUGAGGAACUACACCCUUUACCAUAUGAAGACAUUCCACAACCAGGCCACCAUUCAUUAUAUGCGCUCCAGCCAAAUGUUCCACUCCACCCUGCUCAAGGCCCCGGCGCUGUUCUUCGUCUCUGACAACGAUCCGAUCGGCCCGCCUUCGUCGAAUCAAGCUGUCCGCGAGAAUUGGGAGAGGGCCAACGUGAAGGUCACUUUCAAGUGCUGGGAACGCUCCCAGCACGCAGCCCACUUCAUGAAGCAUCGGGAUGAGUAUCUGCAGACUUUGUUCAACCACCUGGAGGUCUGUGGCGUACUCGAGGCCAUUGGCGUCCCCAAGCGCGCCAAGUUGUAAGCCUCUGAAGGCUGACGAAUCGGUGAUAUACAUUUAAUCAGAUAUUCAACAAUCAAUGCGAUUAUGAUUUUACUUUAGUUUCUAAGAUUUAACUUUUAAAAAACAAAAAAAUUGUCCUGAAUCCCGAUCUUUAAAAAUAUAUUUGGCUGCGAGCCACUCCGCAAUGCUAUCAAAAACCGUAAUGCAAGCGGAUUGUGUAGGCUAAGAGAUGAAUAUCGUAUUGUAAUGAAACGAAA